AUGGACGCAUUCAAAUGCUUCACGAAGCUGCCAUCCGAGCUCAGGAUAAAAAUCUGGAAAAUUACUUUCCCGGAACCCCGCAUCGUCCCCAUCCGCUUCAAUCGAGCAACCCAACAAUAUACAUCGAACACGCCACCCCCAGCCGCCCUCCACGCCUCGAUCGAAUCCCGCGCCGUAUUCCUCGAGACCUACACAAACCUGAUCCUCUCUCCGAGACAUUGCUCCGCCGUGUUCGUCGACCUCGCCCGAGAGACGAUAUAUUUCGACCAACUCGACUGCAGUCCUGAAGGCGACCUCUCGCUCGACCUAGCGCACAGCCCGCACGCAGACCGCAUCCUGUAUGUCGCGAUCCAUGCGCAUGUCUGGGAUGUACUACGGAUGUUUAGAUACGAGGUGCUGAGCGAGGUGAACGCCAUGCGGAACCUGCGGACCCUGGCGCUGGUCAUGUCGAAGGACUAUGAUCGCGGCUUUCAACAGAGGCGGAUAGAGUACCAUGGGAGCGAAAGCCUGAUCAUCGACUCCGAAUCUAACACCGUGGGCUCGGAGCUGCGGGAUGUCCAGUUUGCCGUGGAGAAUCUGCGGUGGGAGUUGAAGCAUAAGCUCGAGUUGCAGGGAGGGAAGGGACACGUUCCGAAUGUCCAGAUGUGGUUGCUGUGA